UCUAAUCUCAUUACCACAAAAGACGCCCGCGACUCUAAUUACCCGGGGCCAGAUACCAGGCUGCAAGCACCAUGCGGCUUCUCCAUUUUGACGCGCCUCUCCAUCUUAACACGCCGGGCAAACUGAUCUUGACAGACUUUCGCGGCAAGCCGAUCCCGCCCUAUGCUAUCUUAUCGCACCGAUGGAGCGACUCCGAGACCCUCAUUGAAGAUAUAUCAAAUGGAAAGUACAAAGAAAGAGAAGAAGGCAACCGAAAGCUCAGGUUCUGCGCCAAGCAGGCGGCUAAGGACGGAUUGCAGUACUUCUGGAUCGACACAUGCUGCAUCGACAGAUGGGACAACAACGAGCGCUCGAAAGCGAUCAACUCGAUGUUCCAGUGGUACCAGAACGCGGCCCGAUGCUACGUUUUCUUGUCAGACGUCGCAGUGUCUUCUGCGACAGACGCGUCCCAGCGCAGCUGCUGGGAGCCAUCCUUUCGGGGAAGCGAUUGGUUCAAACGAGGAUGGACGUUACAAGAGCUAGUCGCGCCAGUGACGGUCGAGUUUUUCUCGCGUGAAGGACAUCGCCUAGGCGACAAGGCGUCACUCGAUCAACUACUACACAACAUCACCGACAUCCCGCUCGCCGCGCUGCGCAACUGUCCUUUAGACCAGUUCAGCACAUCUGAGCGAAGGCGAUGGGUAGGGAAUCGCAGGACGACCGAGGAAGAAGACAUCGUGUACUGCCUGCUUGGACUUCUUGGCGUCUUUAUGCCUACGACGUAUAGAGAAGGAAAGGAGAGUGCACAAGGGAGACUGCAGACUGAGAUAGAGGCAGCCAGCAAUGCACCUUCAAUCAUCCCAUUCUCACAAAAUGAGUCUUUUGUGGGUCGCGAAGCACAGCUUGCCGAACUUGAGGCAAAGCUCUUCAGCAACAAUCAGACCACCACCACGCUAGCAAUAGUUGGGCCAGGCGGUACGGGCAAGUCGCAGCUUGCACUUGAGGUUGCACACAGGACAAGACUGAACAACAAGAACUGCUCGGUCUUUUGGAUGGACGCAAGCGACAUGGACAGCCUCUACCGGUCGUAUGCAACCGUUGCGCAGAAGCUCCGUGUUUCUGGCUGCGACGAUGACCAGGCAGACAUGAAGCAGGUCUUCAAACGCUGUGUGGCAGCAAUGAGUGCGCGACAGUGUUUGCUAAUCUACGACAACGUAGAGGGCACCACAUCACGGCCUAGCGGCUCGUCUACGACGCGAGCUGCAGACCUGGCCGACUUUCUGCCGCACUCUAAGCUAUGUUCUGUCAUCUUCACAACAACAGAGAGCAACACAGCUGAGGCACUUGCUCCACAGAACGUCACAGCGUUGCAUAAGCUGACGCCAGACACGGCGCUGAGGAUGCUACAGAACCGCUUGACAACGCCGCUUUCGAACGCUGAGCAGCAGGAAGCCAUGCACCUGCUAAGAGAGCUAUCGUAUCUGCCUUUAGCAGUCGUGCAAGCAGCAGCGUGCAUGAACGCCAGUAGUAUGACAGUGCAGCAGUACCAAGCACAGCUGGACCAGCACAAAGAAGCAUCUCUCACGUACACCAACGGCUCGUCGAAAGGCGAGCAGCAGGAGUCUGGUCUGAGAAAGACUGUAGCUGCUGCAUUAUCUCUUUCCAUGGCCCAAGUCCGCCAGAGCAAUGCGGUCGCUGCAGACUAUCUCUUUGUUGCUGCAUGCGUAGAUCGAAAGGACAUCUCGCUUGAUCUUCUGGAGGCAGCUUCGCCACAGGCACGUGAAGAUGCCGUUAGGGUACUUGACAAAUAUGCGCUCGUCACUCGGCGACCUGCUGAGUGUGCACUUGAUGUUCAUCGACUAGUUUAUCAAGCUCUGCGCGACCGGCUGCAAGUGCAGGGACAGCUUAUGCAGUGGACUCAACGCACUAUUAAACAGUUACUUCAAGUGUUUCCAAACGAUGAUCAUAGUAACAGAAGCAAGUGGAGACGACUGCUUCCACAUGCCCAGCAUGCUCUGUCGCAUAGUCUGGCGGAUAGCAAUGACGAAGAGAGAUUGGAUCUUGCAUCGAAGUGUGCUGGGACCCUUUAUAGUGACGGACGGUAUCAAGAGGCUGAAGAGCUAGACGUGGAAGUAAUGCAGACGAGGAGGAGAGUGCUUGGCGAGGAGCAUCCUGAGACGCUGACUAGCAUGGCCAACCUGGCGUCGACGUACAGGAAUCAAGGGCGAUGGAAGGAGGCUGAAGAGCUAGGGGUACAAGUGAUGCAGACAAUGAAGAGAGUACUUGGCGAGGAGCAUCCUUCUACGCUGAGCAGCAUGGCCCACCUGGCGUCGACGUACAGGAACCAAGGGCAAUGGAAGGAGGCUGAAGAGCUAGAGGUGCAAGUAAUAGAGACAAGGAAGAGAAUGCUUGGCGACGAGCAUCCUGAGACGCUGAGCAGCAUGGCCUACCUGGCGUCGACGUACAGGAAUCAAGGGCGACGGAAGGAGGCUGAAGAGCUAGGGGUGCAAGUGAUGCAGACGAGGAAGAGAGUACUUGGCGAGGAGCAUCCUUCUACGCUGAGCAGCAUGGCCCACCUGGCGUCGACGUACAGGAACCAAGGGCGAUGGAAGGAGGCUGAAGAGCUAGGGGUACAAGCGAUGCAGACGAGGAAGAGAGU